UGCCAGUUUCUAGAUUCCAUAAAACUACAUCUAUCUCCGAAGAGCCUGCGUUCUUAUUUAAUUUCUCAAUCCAUUUUAAUCUCUGUCCUAUACAAUGUCCGGGAAAGGAGUGAAGCGAAAGAAAAAGCAUGGAAGUUUUGUGUCAAAAAUGAAGAAGUAUCAUCGCAAGGGCUCUGUUGGUCGAGGAAAUCACAUUGAAGAGGAGACAUAUUUAUAUUUUCUACGCAUGUACGAGGCUCAGAAAAAAGGAUUUGAUUCAGAGGAUGAUAAAAGCGCUUUUGUGAACAAUUUUUUGGAAGAAAUCAAAGACCAUGAAAUUGAAUACUCCAAGAAUCAAAUUGGAUCAAGACUCAUUGAGGCUCUUUUACCAGAUGCUGCACCUGAAAACCUUAAGACCUUUGCAGAAGCCUUUAUGGAAAGUCUCAGACCCAUUUGCUGUGAUGAAUUUGCAAGUCACGUCCUCGAGGCACUCCUUAGAACAGCCUCUAGCCGGAGUAAAUUGGUGCAGAAUGCAAAUGAUAAGGAAGAACCGGACAUGCAAAUAUGGGACGAAUAUUUUCAAAACUUGGUGUCGAAAAUAAGCAAAUUCAUGUUGAAUAAUCUGGAGGAUUUUGUUUGGGAUAAGUUUGCUAACCACGUUCUUAGAACUGUUUUCAUUAGUCUAGUCGGCGGAGUGGAUGCUCGCUCUUUGAAAGCCUCUUGCCAAGCAACAAAUCAGAAAUCAGAAUCAAUCCUCAAUGUAGAGCAUAAAAUGAUUCUAAAAGAUUUUGCCAAACGUUUGAUGAUGUGGCCUCAACUGGGAGAUUUACCGUUUGAAGAACUGACAUCUGGAUUACUGCAAAUACUUCUCUUGGCUCUACACAAGUCUGCAAGCAAAUCGACCCUUAAAAGUAUCCUCAAUGCUUUGGUGGAUAGCUAUAUGAAGUCAAGCACGAAUGAAUUAUUAUUUGCCAAUGACACGAAAGAAUUUGAAAGUGAAAAAAAAAUGAGCUUUGUUGAGAUUCCUUCAGUGUUUGAAUAUGAGCCUGCAGUUCAUUUAUUUGAAGUGAUGAUCACUGUCGCUCCUCACAAGUUGUACACCCAAAUGUUUGCAAAAUUUUGCAUGAAUAGGAUAGCAGCCCUAGCUAUGAACAAAAAGACUAAUUUUAUCAUUCAGAAGUUGCUCCUUAGCUGUCAAGAAUCUGCAGAAUUCGAGUCAAUUUUCACUGAGUUGGAACCUCAUUUAGCCUCAAUUUUUCAAAUCGGCCAUUCUGGAGUAAUCUUAUCUUUGUGUCAAACAGGACAAAGGUUAACUGUCAAACAAGGACAAAUUUUACAGAACUUGCAGAAGAUUUUGAAUUGCUAUGACCCAAAGGACCGACAGAUGUUGUUUGUACCGCUACUAGUCAGCUUGAAGACGUAUGAGGUUUAUCAAGAGGAAAAAGAAGAGGAUAAACCUCUCAUUACAAACAUGCAUGGUUGUCUUAUUCUUCAGGCUAUGCUUGCCUUUAAUAAGCCGGCACAGAUCAUCAAUAGCAUGCUGUCAAUGACUCAAAAGGAUUUACUGGCAUUAUUCUGUGAUAGCAAGGGCUGUCAUAUCGCUGAAGCUUUUCUACGUAGUCCAACUGUGGGAGCUAAAAGUCGCGAAAGACUAUUCAAAAUACUAAAAGAUUCUUAUGCAGCGCUUUCCUCAUCUAAGUAUGGUUCCUGGGUGUUCGAAGCCCUUUGGGAGGUUGUGGACACUAAGCAAAAAAUUAGUUUAAUGGAAGAGCUCAUCUUGAAUGCGUCAGUUUUAGAAUCAACAGAAUUUGGAAGCAUAAUCUCAAGUAAGGUCAGUUUGCAGACUUUCCGAAAAAAUCGAGAGGCGUGGAUUCAAGCUCAAAGUAGAGAUUCAAAGAAAAAGAAACUUUUUGAAGACAUCCUCUGAUUCUGUCUCUGAGGCCUUUCAUUAGGUUACGAUCUAUUUGUGAUUAUCUUUCAGCUCGUCUUACGGGUACGUCCCUGCAAGAGUGCACUUAUUUUAUUUCCUUCGAAAGAAAACCAUGUUUUCGGGGUGUGCACUUUUUCUGUUGGCUGUUUCUCUAUGUCUAAUUGACUUUUUAGCAAAAUCCUCUGGAAUACUGACAGACCUUUUCCUCAAAUGUUGAAAACACUCCUAACUCAAUUUUCACAAAUACUGCAUGUAUGUGCGUUUUCCUGCAAACACCUCAAGUAUGGUUAAUUUUGGAAACAUUUAAGCCAGUUGCUUAUGUAAUAAAUAUACAUAGUCAAACUUUUGAAAUGGAGUGCAUUUAAUGUCAUUCUCUAUUGAACAUUACAUUCUUGAGUCAAAACAACCCACUAAGGCUCAAAAAGUAACUGUUUUCGAAAAUGUUGCUUUGCAUUCGUUCACUAUUUGUAUCUCACAGUCCCAAAUCCAAGUUUGAUUCAAAUUGAAUUAACCUUAGGUAAAUAAAGAGUCACUGACCAAAUUAACUCGUGAUUGCAAUGAUAUUUGUUAUCUUGUGGGAUACCUUCGUAGUGUCAGUUAAGUAACUAUUGACAGCUGUGGUUGUAAAGUUUCAGCACAUUCAAUGUAAUUAAAAAAAAUGAUUUAUGCAAAAUGAAUUGCAAAAAUAUUUAUAAAAAAAUGUUAAAUUGAAA